AUGUUCAUUUUGCAAACCCUUUCCGCAGUAGCAAGUAGACUAAAGGUAUACGAAGCCUCUAACAUUGCGGAAGAGGUUUCCAUCACAGAUGACCCCUCUUCUCCCGUUGAGGUUUCAACCAGGCCUGUAAUCCAACCCCGCUACGACAAUCCCGCUACCCAAGAUGACGACAUAGAACGAGGAGGCAUGGUACUCUUCUGUGCAGCUAACACAGCUAGUCCAGUUGACUCUCCUCUUGUGCUGACGCAGCAAGAGCAUGCGAGUCAGAUCGCAGCAUUAAUAGGCGAGAAUGCAAAACUAAGAGCUGUUGUCGACGAGAGAGACAAGUGCAUGGAGCAGCUGGAAAGUGCUCGCGAAGAUAUAGCUAACUUGAAACUUUUCAGCAAUACCUGGCGUGAUAGAUUCUUUACUAAACUUAAGGAGGCUGAGCAACUGCGACUGGAGAGGAAUAAUAACUUUGAAAUCGCUGUCAAAAAUUACCAAAACGCUCAGCUCGAAGAGAUGCGGCAGGCAAUGGGAACUUAUGAAUCCCAACUUACGAAAGUGAGAGAAGAGCUCAAGUCCCGUUGCCAGGAGAUUGACCACCUGCGUGAGGAGAACAAAGACAUGGAGGAGAGCUCCUUGAAACAGUUCCAGGAGUAUCACGAUCUGGCGCAAGAUAAAGAGGAAUUACAAAAACAAUACAAGCUCCUCGAGGUGCAGCUUCAGGAUAAUAGAAUCGACAGGCUCAGGUUGAUGGAGAAGAUAGAACAGCUGGAGGCUACUGAGUUGGAAUUAGAAGCUAGAUUGACUGCGGCCGGGAUUUCAACACGCGAACAUGCCGAGCGGGAAGAGGAACUUGAACGCUGCCUCUUCGCCAAGAACUUGCAUACUGAAUAUAAUGAGUGUGUCGACAAAUUUAUCGAGCGCCAGAAGAUUUUCGGACAAGUCAUUGUCACGGCGUUUGUCACGGCGCUCAUCACGGCGCUCAUCACUUUAGCCAGCGGUAAUAGAAAAUCGCUUGAACUACAACUUCCAGAGCUCGUGAUGGAAACACUCGAUUGA